AUGUUCCCACCUCUGGACAGACACAAGGGCGUCCGAUGGGACCGCCAGGGCGCUGGAUGCGUCCGACAAGACGAAGAAGAAGAAGGGAGCAUCAUUGACAUGCUGAUCUCCAUGAAGAAGCCACUCACGAAGUAUUGCACGAAGGUGCUGGGCCUGAUGCAUCGCUGCUCAGGUCCCAUGGUCAUGGUGACCGAUGGCCAGCAACCUUGGCAGCGUCUACUGUCGCUGCUGGGCCGAAGAUGGCGCUCGCAUUCGCUGCUGGAAGGCUGCCUCUGUCAGGCAAAGACAUGGCAGCCAGUCUGCGGCUUGGUCCGCGGACGAUGGCAUGUGUACAUACGCAACACCAUGCCGCAGCGUGAUGCUGUUGCAACACUGGACGCGCUAUCAGUCCCGAGCAUGGGUGUUGCCCACGAGGGGGAGAACCCGAACGUGUUGCCUUUGCAGACAUUCACAGUUGGCGCGGCACAUGCCGCACCUUCGCGGUGCGUGACGCUCACUGUGCGCGUGGCACUUGGUGUACGCGAGGUACCCCUAGUGCACACGACACUACUUGUGCACGUGGCACUUGAGGUGUACGAGGCACUUAUGGCAGUCGUGGUCCUGUAUGGACUGUGUGCCAUGCGGUCUUGCACGCACACCGACCUGGUGUUGGUCGCCGCGACGCAGGAUGCGAUCGCCGGUGACGGAGGGCAAUACACCCCACACCACGAUGAAGUACCCUUGCGGUACCCUGGUGUCGAAGGAAGACACCUUAGCGUCGGCGACGUGAUGGCCGUGACGCGCUGCAGGGCUUUAGACAAGUCCGCCGCGUUGCUCUGUAUGAUGGGCGGGUUGCUGGAAGCAGCCAUGGUCGCUCAAGCAAACACGACGUUGAAGCAUGACGCUUCAUGGCUGUGGUCAGCGCUUGACCAUAGCCCAUGGGUCGAGCCGACGUAUUCGGCCGACCGGCACACCGUGCUGUGA